UUGUGUUUCCCGCACCGUCAAUCAAAAUAGAAAAAAAUUGACUCGAAUCACCGAUCGCAGCCCGCCUCCGAUUAAUAUAAUCAUGUAUGGCGUGUGAUUAAACCGAGAUUUUUAUUCCAAUUAAUGUAAUCCACGCAAUAACUGGUAUGUAGAAUACAAAUACAAAUGCGACUUUCCGUAGAGGGUUUCUGCAGCUCCUGGCUAAGCUAAUGUUAGCCAAGUGUUGCGCUAGCUUGAUUUGCAGUUGUUUGGCAAGAGCAAAGCUGUUUGCUAACAUAGCUUGGAUACUCUUUAGCUCAUCAGCUUUCUCGCCUCUCCUAUGUCUCAUCGAUAUCGAAGUAUCCCCCUGAACAGCCAGUGAAACAAGAGGAAAUGGCUGCCUUAGACGUGGACAGCAGUCAAGGCGACUUUCUGCAGCAAGAUGGUAGCAGAGGAGACCAGGACGCUCCGCCGUCACCGCUCGCACUGCUGGCAGCUACCUGCAGCAAGAUUGAGUCGCCAUCGUCAGAGGGAGAUAACGGUGCUGCCGCUGUGGUGACGACAACAGACCUCACGUCCAUCCAGCUGACGGGGACGGCGGAGCGAUGGGAGGCCUUAACCCCCUCCAACGUAAAGGAGGAGCCGGGCGUGGUGCACAUCCAGAACACGGGGCUGGUGACUUCCAACGGACAGUACGUGCUCCCGCUCCAGAGCCUCCAGAGUCAGCCCAUCUUCGUUACGUCGUCGGGCGCGGACGGCUCGGCCAACGCAGUGCCUGCUAACAUCCAGUACCAGGUGAUCCCGCAGAUCCAGACCACGGCCGACGGGCAGCUGACGGGCUUCGCGACCUCGACGCUGGACGCCUCCGCGCUGGGCACGGACGCGGCUGCGGCGGGGCAGAUCCAGAUCCUGCCCGACGGCAGCCAGGCCAUCAGCGUGUCGUCGACCUCCGACCUCCUCAGCAACCACCAGAACCUCAUAUCACAGACUGGCCACGUGCAGCAGAUCCAGGGUGUGUCCCUGGGCGGCUCCGCCUUCGCCGGCAGCCAAGGCCAGGUUGUCACCAACGUGCCUGUGGGCCUGCCCGGGACCAACAUCACCUUCGUCCCCAUCAACAGCAUGGACCUGGAGUCGUUAGGGCUGUCGGGCGCGCAGACGAUAGCCACGGGGGUCACUGCCGACGGACAGCUCAUCAUGGCCGGCCAGCCCACCGACGCCACCGUCGUCACGGACGGCUCCGACAAGGUGGGCCAAGAAGCCAUGGCGGCCGGUGACCCCAAUGCCCAAGACAUCUUCGUGCCUACAUCGUCCGCCGGUGCCGUGUCGGUAUCGGUGGCCGCCCCGUCCUCACAGCUGCCCGAGACCAUCGACGGCACGGGGGUGCUGACGCAGGCCACCGCCGUCUCUGCAGGCUCAGAGCAGGUGGCCGCCACCACCGUCACCCUGGACGAGGCCUUCCUAACCCAACAGCAGCAGCAGCAGACGGUCCAGGUGUCGCAGGGCCAGUCCAUCAUCCAGCUGCAGCAGUUGCCCCUGCAGGCCACGGCCGACGGCCAGGUGCAGCAGAACGUGCAGCUCAUCAACCCGGGCACCUUCCUCAUCCAGGCCCAGACGGUCACGCCCAGCGGCCAGAUCCAGUGGCAGACCUUCCAGGUGCAGGGCCUCCAGGGGCUGCAGGGCCUGCAGAACCUCCAGCUGCAGGCGACGGCGGCGCCCGCACAGCAGAUCACGCUGGCCCCCGUGCAGACGCUGCAGCUGGGGCAGGGGGGCGCCAACCAAAUCAGCAUCGGCGCGGGGCAGAUCCCCAACCUGCAGACCGUCACUGUCAACUCUAUAGCACAGGGAACGCAGUUCCAGCAGAUGGACGACACAGACAGCCCUGGAGAUAUCCACAUAAAGGAGGAGCCGGACUCUGAGGAGUGGCAGCUGAGCAGUGACUCCACGCUCAACACCAGUGACCUGUCCCACCUGCGGGUGCGGCUGGUGGAGGAGGACGGGGAGCAGCUGGGCACGGAGGGCAAGAGGCUGCGCAGGGUGGCCUGCACCUGCCCCAACUGCAAGGAGGCCGGGGGGAGGGGCUCCAACAUGGGUAAGAAGAAGCAGCACAUCUGCCACAUCCCGGGCUGUGGGAAGGUGUACGGCAAGACGUCGCACCUGAGGGCCCACCUGCGAUGGCACUCGGGGGAGCGACCCUUCGUCUGCUCCUGGUCCUUCUGCGGCAAGAGGUUCACACGCAGCGACGAGCUGCAGAGACACCGGCGGACACACACAGGAGAGAAGAAGUUUGUGUGUCCGGAAUGUUCCAAGCGCUUCAUGCGCAGCGACCACCUGGCCAAGCACAUCAAGACGCACCAGAACAAGAAGGGCGGCACGAACUCUAGCGGCACAGUGGCGGUGGUGGCCAGCGCGGACUCCACGGCCUCCUCGGACAGCCUGCUGACGGCCAGCGGCACCACCCUCAUCCUCACCAACCUCCCCGCCGGACAGGACGUGCUCUCCUCCACCGAGAUCCCCCUGCAGCUGGUCACCGUCUCCGCCAGCGAGGUCAUGGAGUGACACCCUGACCUAGCCUAGCCUAGCCUAGCCUACGGCAUUACCCGGCAAGGUCAUGGAGUGACACCUUAAAAAGGUGGAGAUGCAGGUUAACCAUUUUUAGAAAAUGUACUAUUAUGACAUCACGUUGGGGGUUCCGCAGGCUCCUAGGAGUCUAUGUAGAACCUUAGAAUCCUGGGGGAGUUCCCCCAACGUGAUGUCAUACCUGCAACCCCACCUUUAACUUAGCCUAGCCUAUCCUACGGCAUCACGCGGCGAGGUCGUGGAGUGACACCCUGACC